AUGUCAGAACCGAUCACUUUAUCUUACUACACUAGUAGAGGCACAGUCUACUACACUCCUCCCAGCUUCGUCGCAUUCAAGUCGCAGACCCCAACUCUACCUACACCUCCUUGCCGACCCAGACAACGACGACCUCAUUCCAUACACAUCACACGUCUGCCGGCGGGGUUCGUGCCGUUCGACCUUCGACCUUCCCCUCCUCCACCUCCUCCAAAAAACCCUUCCAAGUUUCGGUUACAACUCAAAAAGCUGGCUUCCCGCGAGAACGCAAAGAGAGUGUUGGGUUCGGUCUUUUUUCCCUCAUCUUCUAAUUCCUCUACCGCUACGUCCUCAGCGGCCAACUCGACGAGAUCUGCCAGUCCGGAUACACCAAGAUCCCCUCGCGCGUCUCUGUCAGUGGCUUCCUCUGACCCUACAACCAUAUUCGCUCGGAGGUCGGUUCCGGGAACGUCUAUGGGAGACGCAACAAUGUCGAGACCUUCGCUAGAGAACGCUCUCGGAGGAAGACAGUCGCCAGGUUCAUCUGAAACAGGCAGUACUAUGAGCAAUGUUUCUGCUGGCAGACCCAGUAUAAGCGCUGGCUCCUUGAUGAAUGGAAAGAUAGGGUCUGAUUCGGAAAAGCCGGUUUGCUCUGGCAAUGGUGUAUCUUGUUCGAUCAUUUUGGCUGAGCCAGUGAUUUAUUUGACCGGUCUCGACCAUGAUGGUACUACGAAUCACUCGCAUUCGAACACUUCUGCGCUUCUGCGAGGAAAAUUGCAGCUAAAUGUUACAAAGAGUGUCAAGAUCAAGGCUGUCACGUUGAAGUUCACAGGUCGAGCUCGAACCGAGUGGCCAGAAGGUAUUCCUCCUGCAAAGUCUGACCUGUUCGAAGAGGAGUCUUUGAGAACUCAAGUUAUUCCAUUCUUCAACUCUGCGUAUGAGGAUUCGGAUACAGGGUAUGGGGCAAUGUGCAAUUAUGCUUUGCGAGACAGGUCUGCAUCGUCAUCUGUCACCAAUCUUGCGAGCACGUUGGGUCCUCCGUCUCCAAGUCAACAAAGCAGUGGCUUUUCGCUUCCAGGUAUUGGCACUCGAUCAAGUAGAUCCAGCACUCUGUUAUCUACCAAAGACGCAAAGCGACUGUCUUUGCAGAGCAACCAGUCACGCAGCUUCACCAAAGGUGAUUCGCCGUUCGGCCCCACUCCUCAACAGAAGGGCUACAAGGUGUUUCAUCCUGGAGUUUACGAGUACAGCUUUGAGUUGCCGAUUGACAACAACAGCCCCGAGACGACUUCAUUGCCUCUUGCUCACGUUAAGUGGCAAUUGGAAUGCUUAGUGGAACGUGCAGGAACUUUCAAGGCUAAUCUCCAAGGAUUCAAAGAGAUUCCAGUGAUUCGAUCCCCUUCCGAAGAUUCAUUAGAACUGGUGGAGCCAAUCUCAAUUAGCAGGAAAUGGGAGGACCAGUUACACUACGAAAUCAUGAUCUCGGGGAAAUCAUUCCCCUUAGGUUCCAAGAUUCCAAUAGCAUUCAAGCUUAUGCCAUUGGCAAAGGUCCAAGUCCACAAGCUCAAGGUUUAUGUCAGCGAGAACAUCGAGUACUUCGCCAGCAAUAAAAAGGUGACGAGGAGAGACGCCUCUCGCAAGAUUCUUUUGGUCGAAAAAUCGGCUGGCAAGUCUCUGAGCAAAGACUAUGCUGGAACAGAGAUACGACAGAAAAGAGGAGGCGAGCCAUCUGCAGAGACACGAGCUCGUAAUAGGGCUAUGGCCGAGGCGAGAAGGAGGAACGAUGCCAGAAGACGUGGAAUUGACCCUGACCCACUUCCCGAGGCGACGGAGAAUUUACUUGGUGAUCUUGAUCUGGCAGAAGACUUGGAAACCAUAAUAGGAGGAACUGAAAUAGAGAUGGACGUGCAACUACCCACCUGCGAAAUGAUGGAGAAAGACCGAGGAAAGCGUCUUCAUCAUGACUGCACGUGGAAGAAUGUGGAUGUGCAUCACUGGAUCAAGAUCGUUAUGCGAAUAUCAAGACUUGAUGCGGACGAUCCAACAGGCAAGAAGCGUCGUCAUUUCGAAAUUUCUAUCGACUCUCCUAUCUCCCUUUUGAGCUGCCGAGCAACUCAAGCGAAUUUGGCUCUGCCAGAGUAUUCCGACCUGAACACCGGCAGACUGAAUAUGCAACGAAUCUGUGGAUGCCCGAAUGCCGCUGCGAGCAACACUGCAUCAUCCCUAUCGAAUGAUUUGGGCAACAUUUCAAACGGGAUUGAGAAUGCCAUGCCUGACUUGGCGAGACCGCCCCAAGCGCAUUUAUCUAUGAAUGCUGCUGCGGGUGUGCAACGGCCAAUCCAUUUGAUCAGAGCCCCAAGUUUCAACCCACCCGCUUUUGAUGCCGAAGAUCCACCGCCACCAAUGCCAACACCCCCACCUCUCUACGAUCAAGUUGUUGGCACACCGAGUCAUGAUGGUCUCGCCGACUACUUUGCGAGACUCGGUGAGUUUGAAGAUGAGCACACCGACGAUGAGGAACUAAACAGAACCACCACCCGUGGACGAGUUAACGUUCCUAACCCUCGGACCCCAGGUGGAAGAAUUAAUCGAAGUAUGGAGAUUGACCGCAACUUCAUGUUCAACCCUGGGACGUACAAUAACGCCUUUGGAAGGGAACCUGGCGCGGAGGCCUCUGUCCCGGCCAUCUAA